AUGCUGAGCCUUUACCGCUCCACUGCCAGCCGUCACUCAGGCGCCGCCGCUCGCUACGAUCAGGAUCGCUUUGGUGUUGUCUUCCGUGCCACCCCCCGUCAGGCCGAUAUCAUGAUUGUUGCCGGUACCCUGACCAACAAGAUGGCUCCCGCCCUGCGCCGUGUCUACGAGCAGAUGCCCGAGCCCAAGUGGGUCAUUUCUAUGGGCUCUUGCGCCAACGGUGGUGGCUACUACCACUACUCGUAUGCCGUUGUGCGCGGCUGCGACCGCAUUAUCCCCGUGGACAUCUACGUCCCCGGCUGCCCGCCCACCGCCGAGGCCCUGCUCUACUCCUUCCUUCAGCUCCAGAAGAAGAUGCGCCGCCAUCGCAUUGUCAACAUGUGGUACCGCAAGUAA